AUGGAUUACUCCCAAAGACAACAUCAUACAGUUAUCACUCCACAACGCGACCAUGCAUACUCCCACUCUCCCAUGGCAUACUCGUCCCCAACCUGCUCUUCUGGAUCCCAACGAGAGUCGCCCAUUCUUGGGUUGGGAAUAUCCGGCUGCCAUAUCGAACAGGCAUUGAAUGGAAUGAGGGUUUUCACUGUCCCAGCCCAGCUACCAUCGCAGCUAGUCCCGGAGCCACCUACCUUCGACUAUUCUUUUCACGGAUACGCCAGCGAACCAUGCUUCUCUACAACUUGCAAUCCACUUCCAAAUCGCUCCGAGGAUUCGCUCGGUCUCUAUAGCCCUACGUCAAUGAGUGCAACCCCAAGUUACAAUUCUGUACUGGAAGUCGGGUCAUGCCAGGGCGCAUUCGCAGCCGAUAUGUCUGCCUGGCCGAAUACAUCCUGCUCAGAAUCGAUAACACCAUCAGAAGUUUUCUCUACCUCAAGCAACGGACAAUGGGGUCAGAGUGGAAGCAUGGGUGCUUCUUUUCCCGCUAGCAUUCCUUCAACGUCAAUGGCACCCUACGCCGAUGCAGCCACGAGAUUGAGGGCAUUCGAAUCAAGGAAGUCCUGCAAACCCGACGUCAACGCCUGGCAGAGUGAAAUUCAAUCUCAGAUCCCUAGCACCAAUACAGCUCCCUCGGAACCCGCCCCAAAGGCUGUGAGAAGGGCACAGGGCUCCUCUGACCGGGUGGUAUCUGCGAGUGGCCUGCAGUGCCCUGAAUGUAGCAAAACAUUCACCAGACGCUCCAACUGCAAAGAACACCAAAAAAUGCACAACCCUGAGUGGAGGCAAAAUCACCCAUGCGAGGAAUGCCCCAAGUCCUUCGGCAGGAGCUCUGAUCUUAAAAGGCACAAGGAUACAGUGAGCUAA